AGUCAAAGCUGGUUGUUUCCACAUUAAAGAUGAGAGUAGCUGUAAUAUACUCCAUCUCGUAUGCAGGAAGCAUGACCUUUGGAUUCCUGGCCAUUAGCCACAUGGUCUCACUUGAGCAACAUCUGAGCAUCCUUGGCUCAGUGUCAGGGUAGUUUGAAGCACUUGGUGUGGUGUGGGAAACUUCUAUAAAAGCAGAGAUGCUCCUCCCUACCAUCUUGUUUUCAGCACAUUCAGAAAUGUUUCUCCACCCCUAAAGCCUCAGUGAAAUGGCUUUAGCUAAAACAGAGGGGUCUUGCUGGAUUCCUGCUUAGCUGCUUUGCAGUGCUGUGGGGGAAAGCUUGCAGGAAGGGGAGGCUUGCUGAGGACAAGAAGGGCACUCAAAGCUCUCUGGAGUUACCUGAACCAAAAGGGAGUUAAUAGUGAGGCCAUCUGGGAGAAGAUUAAGGACAUCGUUAUCAAAACCAUCAUUGCAUCUGAGCCCUAUGUGAACAGCCUGGUGAAGAUGUACGUGCGACGCCCAUAUUGUUGCCAUGAGCUGUUUGGGUUUGAUAUCAUGCUGGAUGAAAAUCUCAAGCCCUGGAUCUUAGAGGUCAACAUUUCCCCAAGCCUUCACACCAACUCCCCGCUGGAUGUGAGCAUCAAGGGCCAGAUGAUCCGGGACCUCCUCAACCUUGCUGGCUUUGUUCUUCCCAGCGCAGACAGCGUGGCCCCAAGGCCACAGGCAAGAAGUGGUUCUACCUCCAGUAUGGGCAGUGCUUUGAAGGAGAAGCCCAAGCCAGUGUCUGAGCAUUUCAUAGCUGAGAAGAUGAAGAAGGUCUAUUACUUGAUGCAGAAGAUACCUGACCAGGAUUUUUAUUCUUCUGUCUUGGACAUCCUGACCCCAGAUGAUGUUCGCAUCCUUGUGGAGACAGAGGACGAAUAUUCCCGGUGUGGGCAGUUCGAGCGGGUGUUCCCCACCCACAUCUCCAUGCGGUACCUGCACUUCUUCGAGCAGCCUCGUUACUUCAACAUCCUGGUGACCCAGUGGGAGCUCAAAUACUACUUGAAUAAACACAAAGGUCUGGAGCUACUGAAGAACUGGUGUGUCAAAGGGUACCACACUGGGGCAGGGACGGAUUUAGCCCAGAUGUGGUCACUGCCAAAGUCUUUCUUCCUCCAGAAGAGCAAUGUUCAAUCAAAUGGCUUCAGCAAACUGGAACUGGGCAAUCUGGGCAUGCUCCUGUCUUCAGCUGGUGAGGGCCUCAAGAGAUGCCUGGAGCCCAGCUCUGCUCAGAAAUUACCUCUCAACAAGUGCAGUGGUGGAGCCAACCAGAAACCUGCUGGCUGCCUUUCUGACACCACCUUGGUGAUGUGACCAGGCAGUUGCGGUCCCUCCCUGGGACACCUUAACCUACCUCAAAGGAAGAGACAGAAGCUGGCUCCAGAGAGCAAGGACUGUGGGAGCCACCUGCACUGCACACUUGCUUGUGGGGCUGUUUUUAGAGAGGGAUGUUCUACUGAGUAAUGAAGAGACUGGUGUGACUUCCAUUGUUAAAAAAAGUAGCAAAGCUGGGCACUUGAGCUUUGUCUGGCCUUUUUCCUAGGCUGCUCUUAAAGCCUGACAUGGUGGUUUCUUUGCUGCAUAGUAGCUGGCUGAGCUUGGAGUCAGCCUGGCCUUCCCAUUCCUGACCAGCAUGGGCUGAGCCCUUGUUUGCCUGUGUCUCCAUGAGCUGUGGGUUGCUGAGUCUGCACCUGCCCCACUUCAGCUCAUCCCCUGGAGAAGUCCCCAGCCACUCCCUACUCUGCUCCUCUGGAAGAAGCAGGGUCUUUAAAAUGACCCAUUUCAUCCUUUCUCAACACCUGCACCAACAUCCUCCCUGCUGCUCCCUGCCAAGCCCUGGGACCUGGGUGGAGCUUGGGUCAUGCACAUCAGAGAGACCAUGGGUACCAGCUGUGGGGUUUGUUGUGGGGACAGUAGGGCUGCUAGCUCUCCCCGGUGGCCUGCAGCAUCCGUGUGGGGACUGCAGGCUGGUGCUCUUCUUCUGGGCUCUGCUAUUUUCCCUUUGUUUCUUAAGGAUUUUUAUUAAAGUUUAGCACUCA